GGUAGCGGCAUCAAUCGAACACAAUCAAUUCAUUAACCAACUCACACGUCGCCAAUCUUCCACGUCCUCUUCCAUCGGCGCACUUUCCUCGCGAAAAGAUGACAGGAAUCCAGAACCUUCCAGACGAGCUCCAACUUGCGACCGAAGCACAUGUCAAAUACAUACAAAGCUUAGACACAAGGAAAGAUGAGUACGAAUACUGGCUUACCGAACAUCUUCGAUUAAACGGACUAUACUGGGGAUUGAACGCCUUACAUAUGCUCCGACAUCCCGAUGCCCUUCCUCGAGACGAGACCAUAGACUUUGUCCUCUCGUGCCAGCACGAGAACGGUGGCUUUGGAGCUGCGCCAGGUCAUGAUGCACAUAUGUUGUAUACCGUCAGUGCUGUGCAGAUUCUAGUAUUGGUUGAUGCCUUAGACGAGCUAGAAAAACGCGGCAAGGGUAAUGGUAAGGCUCAAGUGGGCAAGUUCAUAGCAGACCUACAAAAUCAAGAGACAGGCACAUUCGCUGGCGACGAAUGGGGAGAAGAAGAUACAAGGUUUUUAUAUGGCGCUUUGAACGCCCUAUCCCUCAUGGGCCUAUUGCAUCUAGUCGAUGUCAAUAAGGCAGUUGACUAUAUCGUCUCUUGCGCCAACUCCGAUGGGGGGUAUGGUGUCAGUCCUGGGGAUGAGUCGCAUUCGGGCCAGAUAUUUACUUGUUUGGCCGCUCUCUCGAUAGCCGGGCGCAAAGAUCUGAUUGAUGUUGACAAGCUAGCUGCUUGGUUAAGCGAGAGGCAAGUCCCCAACGGUGGCCUAAACGGGAGACCAGAAAAGAAAGAGGAUGUAUGCUACAACUGGUGGGUACUUAGCAGCCUAGAGAUCCUCAGUCGCGCGCAUUGGAUCGAUCGAGAAAAGCUCAUCGCGUUUACGCUUAGCUGUCAAGACACCGAACAGGGUGGUCUUUCAGAUCGACCUGGUGAUAUGGUUGACGUAUGGCACACCAUGUUCGGCCUGACCGGCUUGAGCUUGCUGAAAUAUCCCGGCGUGGAAGCUAUUGAUCCUGUGUAUUGCCUACCGAAGUACACUAUAGAACGUGUAUUCGGGAAAGCAAGUUAAGUUCGCAACAGCUUCUAACAAAGGUUCAUUAUGGCAGCUAAUCAAUGCCUAUAUUUUUUCAUGCACGAUUCCUUCAACCUCACUAAAGGAUUCCGCCCCCAAUGAACACUGCCUGGGUCUAGGUAGUCAGUAUCUAUAUAAAUUCGUCUCUUGCAAUCUAAUAACCUACUAUAACUCAACCAAAUGGUAGAUAGGAUACAAGGCAAGAGUAGAUUAAACUUCAAUUGUCAUCUCCUUCCACCCCUAACCUCUUAUAUCAUGGCUAGGCUCAAGGGCUACAUUUGUACAUUUUAUUCACGAUUCCUCAAUAUUAUAUCAACCAAGUCCACUCAAGA